CUCGAAAUGACGCGCGUUACUCGGUCUGGGCGACACGAGUCCGACGACGAGUCAGUCGCUUCGACGUCCGACCAUGAAAGCGGAGAUCUCACUCCCGCGCGCACGUCCCACCGCGCCGCCGCCAAGCAUGCCGCCGCAGCAGUGUCUGCCAUGUCCAAGCGCCGAGCGCCGCCGUCGUCCGGGUGGGCGGGGGCCGACGUGGCGUCCUCGUCCUCGGCGCCUGGAACGCCAUCCCACAGUGACAGGAAGCCCUUUGUGUCAGGCACCCCGAGCCGAGGGACUCCUUCUCACCACGGCCGAACCCGUGCCAUCUCGGAGGCGUCGGAGGACUCGGACGAUUCGGACUUGCAGCUCGCGCUGGCCCUGUCCGCUUCGACACAAGCGCCGACCCCGACUCCCAAAAAGAAGGGCCGGCCGCGCAAGUACGCCCCUGUGGAGGUGGCGGACGACGCUGUCUGUGCCCUCUGUCAAAGCGCCACUUGUGCGGCGCGCGAUAGCCUCAUCAUGUGCUCGAACUGCUCGGAUUGCGCCCACCCCUCCUGCCUGAAUCUCACCAAGGCCGCCGCUGCCAAGGUCAAAACGUACCCAUGGCGCUGCUCGAAUUGCAAAACAUGCUCUGUGUGCGAUAAGGCUGGACACGAGAAAAAGAUGAUGUUCUGCAUUACAUGCGACCGAGGAACACACUCGUUCUGCGCGCAGCCUCCGAUGAAAGAUCCCUCGGAAGUUGCUUGGUCUUGCCCCGAAUGCUCGCCGUCCACAAAGCCGGCUGCUACACCGAAAAAGCGCCGCGCCGAGGCUGCCGAAUCGGAUGGAGAGGAUGCAUUGGCGCACUCUCGCAAGAGCAAGCGUGCUCGUGUGGUUGAAAGCGAAGAUGAAGAGGAUCAACAAGAUUCGGAUCGAGAGGAUGACAUCAAUCAGCUGCUGCUGGACGAGACGUUUGAGCCUACGUCUUGCGAUAUUGCAUUGUUCAAAAAGGCUCAAGAGCAAGCGAUUGCGGCGGCUUCGGACGAGUCUGGCGCGAGCUCAAGCAAAGAGUCGCACUUGCGCUCGAUCGAGUUUGGCAAGUACGAAAUUGAGACUUGGUAUUCGUCACCCUAUCCAGAAGAGUACACCAAGCUUCCCAAGCUGUUUCUGUGCGAGUUUUGCCUCAAGUACAUGAAGUCGUCUGCGAUUUUACAACGUCACAUGAUGAAAUGCGAAUGGCGGCAUCCUCCAGGAGACGAGAUUUACCGCAGCGGUGACAUUUCUGUCUUUGAGGUUGACGGCAAGAAGAACAAGAUCUAUUGCCAAAAUCUGUGCUUGCUGGCCAAGCUGUUUUUGGACCACAAGACGCUGUACUACGAUGUCGAGCCCUUCCUGUUCUAUGUCAUGACCGAGUACGAUUCGUCGGGGUGUCAUCUCGUGGGUUAUUUCUCAAAGGAAAAGAACUCGUUCUUGAACUACAAUGUUUCUUGCAUCUUGUCGAUGCCCCAGUACAUGCGUCGCGGAUUUGGCAAGAUGCUGAUCGACUUUAGUUAUUUGCUCUCGCGAGAAGAAGGCAAGAUUGGCUCUCCUGAAAAGCCAUUGUCGGAUCUCGGCUUGAUCAGCUACCGUAGCUAUUGGAAGACUGUCAUAAUGGAUUAUCUGGUUCAGCACACCCGCGCGGACAUUACAAUCAAGGAACUCAGCCAAUCCACCGCCAUCAACCCAUACGAUAUCGUUAGUACACUGCAGUACUUGAAUAUGAUCAAGUACUGGAAGGGAAAGCAUGUGAUUGUGCGUCGCCCGGACUUUAUGGAGGAGCAUGUCAAAAACACUCCUCGCAUCCAGCAAACACGCGUCAAUCCCCUGGCUCUGCGCUGGACUCCAUUGGCCCAGCGUUAGUAACUGCGUGGCUUUGUGUCUUUGAGCAUGGUUGACUUGUAGUGGUUGAUUCUUGUGCACGAUUUUCUUGUUUUCUUUUGUUUUCGUUGUUUGAUACAAUUCCAAUGGUUGAAAUCCAUCUCGCAUCCCUCCAAAAC